GAUAGCUAACUGAAGCUACAAGAGCAAAUAUAUAUUCAUGAAUUUUUUUUGGAAUCUACAAGAGCAAUGGUUAUCUGAAGAUCUCUUGCAAUGGAGGUUUGAAUCAGACGUGAUGAGAGGUGGAGUUAAACAUGACCUUGUUCAUUCUUGAUAGGCAACAUUGGGUGCUCUUGUUGUUGCUUUUGAAGGUUUUAUGCUACUUGGUUUACUGGAAAACAAGGUACAAAGAUGGCAGCCAUUGUUUAUGAUGAUCAAGUGGAUCGUUUAGAUCCCCUACUCCGAGAGGGUUGCACAUAUUAUAUGUCAAGGAUGUCCAUAGAGCCAAUUAGGAUGAUGCUACACCAGUGGCUUGCAGACCAUGCUUUUGUGUGUGUUUUCACACAUGAAACUACUGUUCGUAUGAUAACAGACAUGAGUGAGAGGAUAUUGCCAUUAUUCCCUCCGUUUAUGCCACUCAAUCAAGUUUUUGAGUUCACCUAUCAUAACGACAUAUUUGUUGAUGUUAUUGGAAUGGUUAUAUUUGUAAGCACUAUAGGCUUUGUGAACAGCUACAGCAGAAGAAUCCCAUAUAGAAAUGUUCUUAUAAUUGAUGGUAGCUUCAAACCUGUGAAGUUAGUCAUUAAGGACAAAGUGAUUACCAACCAUUUGACUAAAUGGGUGAGAUGCUCUGAUGAGCAACCUAUUAUUGUAGCAACCAUGCUUAGAGCAAAGCGUGAACAAGACCAUAGUUUGCAUACUGCAUGCUUCAGCAGGGUGCACUUUGAUCCUAAUGUUGCAGUUGCACGUGAAUUGAAGCGCUGUCUCAACAAGGAGCUUACCUUAAGUUCUCCAUGAUACUCAAAGGGCAUGAUACUCAAAGGGGAAGUGGAUGCAUAUCUUUUGGAGAGGAUAUUUCAGCUAUAUCCUUAACUACUAGAAGUGCAAGAUUCACUAGGGUUGAAUUAGAUGUGAUUCGCUAUGAAAAAAAGUAGAUGUUGAUCUUUUGGUUAGAAAAGUUAGAGCUUGGAUGCUUGGUAGAUUAUGAUUCACUGUGUCAUUUCUUUAAGUAUGUGUUUAUAUUGCUCUAUCUAUUUUCGGUUGUAACUCUAUAAUGCCACCCUAUGUUGUGAUUCGUGAAACUUUUAUGUCUAUAUGCA